AUCUCUCUCUAGGAUUCUUUCUUUUCUUUCCUCAGCUUUUGGGCUUUCUCCCAAGAAUGAAAAUGCUUCUGCUUGGUGUCUGGACUCUGCUGGCCUUGACCCUUUGUCCAGGGACCACAGAAGAGCUGUUUGAAGUGUCUGUUUGGCCAAAUCAGGCCCUGGUGGAGUUUGGACAGUCCCUAACCGUCAACUGCAGCACCACCUGCCCAGACCCGGGGCCCAGUGGAAUCGAGACCUUCUUCAGGAAAAGCCAGCUGGGCAAAGGGCCUCAGUGGAAGGAGUUUGUCCUGGAGGACGUCACAGAAAGCUCUGUCCUGCACUGCUUCUUCUCUUGUGCAGGGGUCCAGAAGGACACAGCGCUCCGCAUCACCAUGUACCAGCCCCCGGAGCAGGUGAUCCUGGACUUGCAGCCCGAGUGGGUGGCCAUGGAUGAGGCUUUCACAGUGAAGUGUCUCGUGCCUACUGUGGCACCCCUGCAGAGCCUCACCCUUACCCUUCUCCAGGACGGCCGAGAACUGCACAGAAAGGACUUUAUGAGUUUUUCUGUGGCAUCCCAAAGAGCCGAGGUCACUGUCAAUGUCAGAGCCCAGCGGGAGAAUAACAGGAGCAAUUUCUCCUGCCUUGCAGAACUGGACCUGAGCCCACACGGUGGGAGGUUGCUUCAUGGCAGGUCAGCUACCAAGGAACUCCGGAUCUUUGAAUUCUCUCAGAGUCCUCAGAUCGGGGUGUCUUCACUCCUGGAGGUUGGGGUGGCGGAGACCAUGAGCUGUGAGGUGACUAGGGUGUUUCCUGCCCAGGAAGCUGUCUUCCGAAUGUUCUUAGAAGGCCAGGAGCUGAGCCCCUUCUCCUCCUGGAAGGGAGAUGCAGCGUGGGCCAGCACCACCAUUCGGGCCAUGGAGACCGGUGACCAGGAGCUGACCUGCCUUGUGUCUCUGGGUCCAGUGGAGCAGAGAGUCAGGAAAGCAGUGCAUGUCUACAGUUUCCCUCCCCCAGUUCUGGAGGUCGAAGACACUUACCCUCUGGCAGGGACAGAUGUUAAUGUCACCUGCUUGGGUCAUGUGUUAACAUCACCUAGUCCCACUCUUCGACUUCAGGGAGCUCCAAACAUCUCUGCUCCCGGCGAGCCUGCCUGGUUCCUCUUUACUGCCAGGGAGGAAGACGAUGGCCGGAAAAUCUCCUGUGAGGCCUCUUUGGAGGUGCAGGGCCAGCGACUGCUCAAAACCACUGAGAUGCAGCUUCAUGUCUUAUACAAGCCUCGUUUUGGAGAAUCCGGCUGCCCUGGCAACCAGAUAUGGGUAGAAGGAAUGGAUCAAAUGCUUGCAUGCAUCCCAGAAGGAAACCCUGCCCCAGCUUUGGUGUGCACAUGGAAUGGGAUGAUCAUUGACCUUGAAGUACCUCAGAAGGCCACCCAGAACCUCACUGGAACCUACUGCUGCACAGCCACUAACCAGCUGGGCUCUAUCAGCAAAGAGAUUGCUGUCGUUGUCCAAGGACCACAUGAAGAAGGGAUCUCCUCCUCCACCGCCUUCAUCAUCAUCAUUAUCACCCUUGGCAUGGCUGUGAUCACCGUAGCACUGUGUGAACUACUAGCCUUGCGAAAGAAACAGGAGGAAACGGGCCUCUAGGCAGAGAGAGCAGAACAAAGACAAGGAAGGCCAGUUCGCUGACAUAAAGGCAGAAGUGCGCAACUCACAUCUCUGCUGACCAGAAGCAGCUCUUUGCCUGAGUGAGACUUCAGCUACAGGCCUUUUACAGGGAGGAAAGAGUAGGCCAAGGAGGGAGGAAGAGACAGGAUGUGAGGCGGCAUUCCUGUCUUCUCCUGUCCCCUCCACAGGGUUUCAGGGGCCCAUGUGGCUUACACCAGUUCAUCUGGAGCUUGCCUUUCUUUUUGAGUUUAUUACAGUUUCUAGAAAUUUCAGUCUGAUUGUUCCUGCUGGCAAAGAGCCCCUUCCCUCCUUAUUGUAUUCAACUGUCUACUCUUGAGCACACAGAAGGUCCCCACCCUUGCCCCUCAUUUCCACUGUCCAUUCCUCAAACAGCAAAUGAGAAAGAUCAUCAGAAAUAUCCUGGAAUCCGUUGCUCAGGACUGCCUGAUGACUAACCAGGGACUUCUUUUGUAGUUCAGGAACAAGACUCCAUAGGAGUACGUAUCAGAUAAAUGGGCAGGAAUCAGAAGGAACUCUGCUCCUGGUCCACAUUCCCCUACUCCACACAGUACCUGGUGACAUCAUAAAGGGUGCUGGCUGAUAAAGCUUCACCCCAGGAACCCUCUGGAACUUCACAUUGGGUCAGAGAAGGAGCUUAGCUAGUUUAUAACAAAACAAAAAACCUAGGACUUACUAUGCAGUGCAGGAUGGCCUCAAACUUGUGAUCCUCCAACCUCAGCUCCUGAGUGCUGGGAUUGCAAGUAUAUAUCAUCACUCCCUGACUUUGGAGAGCGGGGAGGCUUUAAGGUAAAAUAUGCCCAUGGAGUUGGUCUAAUAGGUCAAGGGCGCGCUCUGAGUUCCUUUUUGUAAAAGGCCAAGUCCCACAUCUGCGGUCCAUCUCCACAAAGGAUUGCCUGUUUCCAUCUUCUGUGAACAAGUCCUGUGGGACACAUGUACAGACCCCCAUGGCAGAUGGGUCUCGGCACAGUCACGCCCCCCAAUCCUCUGUAACAGUGCUCACCAUAUGCUCCAACAGCCCAGCUUUCUGCACUGGCCUUGGAAGGAGUAUGUCCACCUUGGUGAAGGUUUGAGGAGCAUCAAGUCAGGCCCCUCCUCCGGGGCUGCCAGAAACUG